AUGCGUGUUGACAUAUUUGUAAGAAAUUUAACAGAUGUGCAAGGGUUUCUUCGCCAUUCAACCCCGCCCAGGUCUGCAUCCUUCUGGGUCUGGCAGCCAUUGCUGUUGCAGACAGUUUUGAAUCCUAUGAAUACAGGCCACCACAGACGUUCCUCUGAGGAAUCCUACGAAUCCGGAGAAGCCAAGUACGAUUUCCAAUGGGCUGUCGAUCACGACGACUCAGGCAACAACUACGGACACCAGGAGGCCCGUGACGGUGAAGACACUCAAGGAUCCUACUACAUGCUGCUCCCCGACGGCCGCCUCCAGACCGUGAGAUACGUCGUGGACGGUGAUGACGGCUACGUGGCCGAUGGCUGA